UGGCAUGAGUCGUUUGUAGUUGAGCAUAUUUUCGUAAUAGGCAGUGUAAUAUCGCAAAUUUAGUACGAGAGGAGAUAUAUUCUUAAAGCGACAAAGUUGCGUUGCCGAUAUAUUGCUUGAUAUAGUCAAAGUGCUUGAAAUGUGAUAUGCGGAAAAGGCGAACUGCUCCCCCGAUAUUGUAAAGGGGGUUUUCAUCUGAAUUUCCUCGUGAUAACUUUCGGUCAAUCCACUCGUAGCUGCAGCGGGAUUUGAUAUAUGCUGCAUAUUCGAUCGAUGGGCUUUAGUGGAGGCUCCAUCGUCGCUUCUUUCAUACUCAACCAGGUGUGUGUGUGUGUGCGUACGUUUUGCCAGUGUUCGUAAAAGAAAGUAAUUGAUUUACCUUCGCUGUUGAGACGAUUGCCCCUAAUGAAUGUACGAACAAAGAUUCCCAGAAAUCGACACCCCUGUGAUGAUUCAAGUCAAGAGCAUAAACCCCGACACGUGCGCCUACGUGGCGCUGUUGGAGUACAACAACAUGGAAGCCAUGCUCAGUUUCACGGAGCUCUCGCGCCGCCGCAUACGAAGCGUAGCCAGUCUGGUUCGAAUCGGGCGGGUCGAACCGGUUAUGGUUCUGCAUGUUGACCCGGAGAAAGGGUUCGUCAAUCUCAGCAAGAGAAGGGUUUCUGAAGACGACGCAAAGGCUUGCGAGGAAAGGUACAGUAAGAGCAAGAACGUGCACUCCAUCUUGAGGCACGUGGCUGAAACCAUGGAUGUUGAUCUUGAGGAUUUAUAUAUCCAUGUGGGAUGGCCUUUAUCCAGGAAAUAUGGUCAUGCCUUCGAGGCCUUCAAAUCGAUAGUUAUCGAUCCGGAUUCAGUACUUAAUUCUCUUACCCGUGAAGUUGAAGAAAUAGAUGAUGAUGGUCACAAAGUGACUAAGGUGGUCCCCGCAAUCUCCGAUGAAGUGAAGAAGGUCUUAGUUCAAGAUAUCCGGAGAAGAAUGACUCCACACCCUAUAAAAAUCCGUGCCGAUAUCGAGAUGAAAUGCUUUGAACUUGAUGGUGUUCUUCGCCUUAAGGAUGCUAUGAGGAGAGCCGAAGCUUGUGGUAAUGUGGAUUGCCCCGUGAAAGUUGCGUUAAUUGGUGCUCCGUUAUAUGUUCUUUACACUCAAACUCUCGACAAGGAGCAAGGAAUUCGAGUUUUGGAAAAAGCAAUUUCCGCUUGCAGUGAAGAAAUACAGAGCCGCGGUGGAAGACUUACUGUAAAGACAGCACCAAGAGCUGUGAGCGAACGAGACGAGAAAUUGCUAGCUGAACAAAUAGUUGAUGAUGAUGAAGAGGUGCUCGGCAGUGAUCCCGACAGUGAGGAAGGUGAUGUUUAGAACCUCGUUUGGCUACGAUUAUUAGAUUUCAAUUAGUCGAUUUUGAGAUUAUUUUCGAUAUUUUUUGUUUUAUCAAUCAAAGCAUGUGCAGGUUUAUUUUUGAUACUUGUGUACUUGUGUAUUUUCCAUGAUGAUAAUAGUUCUUGAGGGUUUUUUUUUUACA